AUGGAUGCUUUGGCCAAAGGAGUGAAGGGACAGACAAAUGGCGGCCGCAAUCGAGUGACCGGUCCUUUCGGGAACACAUUCUCGGCUCACGUCUCACAGACUGACGACCAGUCGGACGAACCGCAGAGGAAGAGACGGUUCAUUGGCAGCGCUUUCGGCCGUAUACGCGGAGAACAAAGAGAUAUGAGUUAUGAUGAUUACGAAGAGCCGGUCCGCAAACCAACCAUUCAGUCAUCAGUGAUUGCGACCACUCGUGAAGUAAAGCCUCGAACGCAGGCUUUAGAGGAGCAGAAGAACGACAAGAAAAGUUUGGCCCGAAAUAAGCGGAUGUUUGGUAUGAUUUUGGGAACUCUUCAGAAGUUUCAGAACGAAGAGUCCACCAGAAAGGACACGCAAUCGCAGAAAAGGGUUGAAAUUGAGAAGAAAUUGGAUGAGAAGGCGGAAGAGGAGAGAACACAACUCAGGAAAGAGAGACGAGAAUUGUUUUUAGUUCGUCGCGAAAAAGAGGCACAAAUCAGAUGUAUUGAGCAUAAGAUGCAAAGAGUGGAGAUUGCAUGA